UGGUACAACGGACGCCGAGCUAAACAACCCGGUUUGAUGCAUGCACCAGGAGUAGCACCCAUUUUCCAAAGAAAAAUAUGAAGGCUUAACCCAAAGUAAAAUUUUACUCAGGGUGUAAACUUUCAGCACACUUUUGAAAGAUGAACGCUUUGGACGAUUCAUUAAACACAGAUCGAUAGUAGACCUUCAUCAAACUCUUAAAUAUGUACGCUUUACGAAAAUUCAGCACACUUUUAAAAGAUGAACGAUUUACGACAGAAUAGCAGACCUCAGCAAACGUUUGAAAGAUGAACGCCUAGGACACAGGAAUCAACAAGUGAGUUAGCGCGUCAAAGUGAGGCAAAACGUAAGUAAGCGUCCAGGAGCCGAUUAAGUAAUCGGCUCCUGCAAGCGCCUCAAAGCGAGGCAAAUGCGUGUCGACGACGACGACGAAUGCACUCUCGAAAAGACUUCCCUUAUUAAUUGCACAGGACAUCCAAUAAUGCACAUACCUCGAACGGAAUAACAAGCGAAGAAUGUAUUAAAUUCCUGUUUCUUUCAUUUGUAAAAUAUAAGAAUGAUAAAACAAUGGAUAAAUUGUGGCUGUUAUAAUGUGAGGAGACAAAAAAUGUUUCAUGUCUAAAUUAGAUCGCGUACGUUUUUUAUUUGACGAAUAUUGCAUCUUGACGAAAGUGAAAUGUAAAGUUUUAAUCAAAUAUUCAGUCAAUCAAUUUAUCAAAACCUUUAUUUAUACACGAUGACAGUUAAAGCUUAGUAGCUUGAGGGGUCGUGUGUAGGUUAAAUAAUUGUACCAAUUUUCGAUUAAAAUGUUUAAGUUAAAACACUAAGAAAUCUUGAAAUACUUUUAAAAAAUGAACUCUUCCUAACAAGUUCAGGGAAUUCUUUCGACAAUGAAACGAUUAAAAAUAUCUAAAACGUUUUACUGUACAGGUUAUAAAAUCAACAUCCUUAACUUCAUUCUGCUCAUGAAUACUUUUAAUAACACUGCCAAGGGAUACUGCUUUGCGGCACUCUACUGCACGGUAAAUGGUUCCAUAGGAUUACCCCUCUGUAGGCUAUUGAAUAUUUCAUGAUAUUUGUACUAAAAGAUGGAAUAACUAUGCAAACAAUGGCUGAGACUUUGAAAUACGUAUUGACAUGCUGGAAGGCGAGAGAUUAUGAAACAUUUUGUAGAUGACUUUUAGAAUCGAUAACUUGUAUCUAGUUCCCUGAAGUGUCCUAUUGAGCGCGAGCAAGUUCUUCCGCCGAUGGCAUAUCCUUGGGAAAGUUGUAGCCAGGGAGGCUGGCAACUGCCUCUGAUCUUGCCCCUUUCGGCUUUCCAUGAUCGCCCCAAUUGCGAAAUCUUUCAAUCAUUCGAGAGCUGCAGCGAGCAUGCGAGAAACGGGCUUGGAACAGCAACAAAAAGAAGUUCGUCUUGGCAACGUUUCCAUAGUGUGAAGUGAAUUCGCUUUUGGUCCGGCCUGUUGGUCAUUGCUUUCUUUGCUGUAACCAUCUUUUUUUCGCGGUGAUUUGAAGCUUACGUUUUCCUUCUUGUGGUCUUGCUUUUGUCAUUGCAUGCGGUUUAUAACGCUAAUAACGAGACCAGUGAACUUUGAUCGUAGACAGUUAUUGUAUCUCGAUGCUCGACCUUUUUCACUUCACCUCUCUAGCUGCAGGCUCUCAAGCUGUGUUUCUGUUUAGAAGACCCACAAGACUAAAAGAGCGGCCAACCCUCCUAUACGUUUUUAGAAGAGCUUAUAUUUUCAAGUGAAAUACCCAAAAUUAUAUCUUCGUGAUAUUAAAAAAAAGGACAGUGGCUGUGGUCGAGUAGAGUUUUUUACGGUUUUACUACACCUUUAACACGACAAGAAAUGAUGAUUGACAUUCUUAAUUCUUCAUCCUUGAUUGUGAAGUUAUCCUGGUAGAGUUGCGUUGGAUGAUUGAGUGGCAUGAUUAAAUCUCGUAGUUCAUGUAUUUUUUUUACCUACCAGAAGCUAAAUAAAUUUUUCCAAGAGAUCAUUUUCUCUUGACUUUGCACAUGUUGAUACGCUUUUAAGCAUAUGUGAACUUAAAAGUUCUUUUCUUCGUGUGACUUGAUUUAAUCUUUACCAUAAUUUCUAACAAAUGAAGCUGAGGCAAAUGAUUGUGUGUUUGGAAUUCUUUUUUCGUGACAGCAGUUAUUACACUGCCUUCAGUUUGAGUCCUCAUUCAAGUGUGUUUUGUUGUAAACAAAGAGGAAAAAACUAUCAAUUCCAAAAACUACACUACCCCUUCGAACAAGAUAGUGGUUUAAAAAAGAUUAACUAAGUUCAGAAAAUAAAUGUUUAAGUUUCCAUGUUUUGUCAAGGACCACAUCUGGCUAAAUAUGCUUCAAAGGGCAUUUCUAAAAUCAAUAAUUUGGUGACAUUUCUAUUUUGCCUUUGUGAUCAGUUUUUGCCAUACAGUUGCAUGUAAUUUUUUUACACUUUUGGACAUCAACCUGCCAGGUUAGUUUGUGUCUGUAUCAAGAUGAAGUUAAUGAAAUCAAACCUUCUCAGCUUAAAAAUAUUUCCUUGUACUAGCGGAUUUGAAAAACAAUUACAUAAGAUGCCUUAGAAAAAAAUGUAAAAUGAUUAUUAAGAUAAUAUUAUUUUUAUUCAACAAUAACAGUUAGAAACUAGUGUUGCGGCGGGUAAAAAAACAAUUUCAGAGACCAUAAACCUUCACUGACUUUCCUGUUACAACAAGUGGACGGUAAAAGGGUAUUAAAAUGUGAGAUCACCUCCCUGGGCUUGCAAUGAAAGAGAGUAUGGGUAGUAGGACACGUCGUUCAUUUCCCUACCCUUUCUAAGCCAAGAGACCUUAUUUUAUAAUCUGAUUCUUUUCAUUUAGCAUACAGAAUUAAGUUAGCUUUUAAACUUAGAAACAUGGAAAAAAACUUGAGGAAAAUGGUGGUACAAAAAUGUAACUAUAGACUGCUCCUCAUCAAACUUCCCAGCCCAAACAUACUCAUCUAGGCCAAAUAAGCCACCAAAUAAGAACUGCUGAGGGGACUGGACUCAAGGGACAAUGAUGUUGAUAAAACAGCAAUUUUACCUUGUUUUCUUUAGUUGUAAAUCCGAUUCAUAACUUACACAAACAAUUUGAGUUGUACAUUUUUCAAGGUCCUUCUGAUUUUCUUUAAAAACUUUGCAAAAACAUACCCUUCAACGCAUACCCCUCUCUGAUGUAUUAUCUUAUUAGCAACGGGAUUAGCCUCGUCCCCACACUAAUAAACCAUUGUAAUCAUUUCAAGUAUAAUUCAGAACUAUAGGGUAAUAUAUAUAUAUACAAAAAAGUUCAAAGAAAUACCUGAAACCGAAAUCACUAACUAAUAUAAAACUACUAGUACGGUAGGGUCGUAGUACUGUUGGAAAUUUAAUUUCUUACCACUCCAAUGAUAUUCCAGUGAAGCUUUUGAAGGUUCACUAAAUCCCUCCCAGCCUUAGAACUGAUAUCAAAAAUAGCUUAUACUGACAGACCCAGCAGAUGUGAAGCAAAGUGAUUGAAACAUUUACCCUGGCUUUCACUAAAUUGGCCCUGUAUUCUGUAUUUACGCCCAUAAAUAUUUGUUGUGGCUUCCGUUGUACAAACAAACUUACCAACAGCGAAGUAGAAAAUUGGUUUAAUGAACAUUCACAUGUGACUGUUGCAAGACUCGUACUUUAGGAUAAGGAAGAGAGUCUUUCCACUGUAAGUGGAAAAAUAUAAGCGAUGGAGCAGGCUCAGUAAUUGCUCGAAAAUUCACGAAGCUUAAAAAUAACUGAACUUGCUGAGAUGCCGAAUCACGAUAAGUGAAGUCACCAUGAACGUUCAUACAUCACGCCAGCCCUCCUGAUGUCCAAAAAUUCCGUUAAAAAAGUUCAUGAAACCCUUUGGACGCGGGAAAACUUAAAACCGAGCAAAGACUCUUCGUCUUUCUAUGUCUGCACUCUCCGCCAUAUUUGUUUGAAUGAAAAUUGGUACUUAGUCUCACUCGGUCUAAUUUCUUAACUGGGGCGAUCAUAUAAACUAGGUUCCAGACCUCACUGCCAGUCCCCCUUUUGUAGAUGAUCCUUGCUGCCCUGCGAUGUAAUCUUUCAAGUGCAUGGAAAUCGUCUUAGCGACUCAUUCCUCUCCACCCCCCUCCCUCCCAGACAGCUGUGUCUUACGUAAUGGACGGAAUUAUGACCUUAGAGUAUAGGUUUAAGAGAACAUGUUAAGGUAAAAAUCGAUUCUUUAAAAUGUCAAAAGUCCGCAAAGGUUACAGCCGAAAAAUUGAAAUAUGACACAGCUAUUUUUUCAGCAUGCGAAAGGCGAUAAACCUUUUUCGCGUGGGGUGAUUUUCACGCCCGCUCGCGUUUUGCUCGCUCUUCUAUCUCUGAGGAAAAAUGGGAACUACUCUUAGUCUAUCAUCUUAGACAAUAGAAGCCAAUUCAAAGCCAUUCAAAACGAUAUCUAAGCGUAUGUCGCAUUUAUUGUGCUGCCUACUAUACUUUAUAUGAUGGUAUGGUAUAAUUGAAUAGUUGUAAAAGGCUAGUGUGUACACAUAAAAUACAUAAGUGACAAGUGGGUUAAUCCAUGGUAUACCACAAGAACGUGUUGCAUAUCUUGUAUGUUUUAUAUUUAUAUGUUCUCGUCAAAUGCUAUUAUGGUAUUGUUUAAUUUCUGUGGCUGUUCUCAGUAGGCCCUAAAGUAACACGUACCGCUCCAACUGUCCUCCUAAUUUCCUUUGGCUCACUUAAGAUCUCAGUCAUAUAUCUCUAAAGAAAUUGAUAAAAAAAGAUGAUUUAAGUUCCUCUGGCAAACGUUUAUGAAUGGAACAAAUUUGCCAGUUGCUUCGACGAGCCCCAUCUUUUAAUAUAAGAACCCGUUUAGGCUAAAAUUUGAAACAGGUUCUUAUUUUCAUAAAAAAUUCAGCACACUUGGGAAAUUAAGAUGAGGCAUUACAAUACAUGCAUGUAUUGUUUUGAAGGAGGACUUCAACAUUCAUUUGGUCAAUGCUAGUUAUAGUCAUAAUUGCAUAAAUACCUAUUUAGUUUACAGAUUCAUUUAAGGAAAUAACUGAAUGCCAAAAAAAAUACUUUUAGCCACAAUUUCAUUUUUCUUAGAAAAUAAGAACCUGUUAAUUUAAGAACCUGAAUAGCAUAUUUUAGGUUCACUUACUCGCGGAUUUUUACUGUAUCAAGGGUCUUUAUGUUAGCUCAGUUCAAACUGACAAAGCGACCAAGUUUGGCAGAAAAUAUUGAAUAAUAGAAUUCUUACCUCCAGCCUUUCUUGCUUCUGCUUCAUCUCCUCCAUAAACUCCUAAAGAAGUUUGACGAAAAAUUAAAAUCUAAGUUCCGGUGGGCAAACAUACGAUACAAUAUUUAAUCUCAUGGGACAUGAUAAUUUCUCAGGUUGCAACACAGGUUAUAGCACCAUUUUUUAAACAGCAAUUGACGAUUGAAAUCUCUUUAGUCUGUCAUGUGGCGUCGCCUUUCCAUUUUUGGUCAUAUUUGUAUGAGGUUAUGCAUCAAUUGAAAGUACCUUUUUUCGCCCCUUACAGCAAUCUACAUAAUCCUGUCUAAGAUUUUCCAAAGCCGGGAAUUUCCUCAAACAUUUGCCGUUACCCUUGCCUAUACUCUUUUAAAACUAGAUUGUUAUACAUGUUGCAAUAUUUUUUUUGCGUAUCGUUGCAUUUCUCUAACCUGCGAACAGCAGACGCAUUUCCAGUCGAGAAGCGACGACCCGAAAUGCGUCUGCUAUUCGUCGGCUACAUUUAAUUUUCUAGUUCAUUAUUGUCAGAACGGGAGCGGUUAUUCCUGGAAACGAGGCUGCUAGCAAUAUACCAUCAAGAGAAAUUGAAGAGUUAUUUCCUACCUCUUCGAAACAGGGUAAGUGCAGGCUGGUUGUGAAGAAUCACCUGGGGGAUUGGGACCAAGCAGAAACCGCGCAGUAUUUUGAAUGAAUAACAGCAACUCAACUGUCGAUAAUUCAAGGCUCGAGACUUUAAUAAUUUAGCUAAGUGCAAAACCUUUUCUUGUCAAAAUAAGUAAAAAUCACCCAUGCACACACUCAUUAUCACGGGUCGUAAUGUCAGCACAGUGCACAGAUCAAACUGUUAAAGCAACUAAAAGUCGGCCGAAAAUAUUGAAUGACAGAAAUCUUACCUUCAUUUUCUCUUCAAAUUCUGAAGAUGCCAUGCUGUAAAGAAGUAGAGAUUUUGGAGGUCACCUUCAAAUGCGACAGCAAAUUUUCGGUGCACGUGAAGAACAAACUUAUUAAAGCUAACAAAUCCCUAUACAUAUCCUUAGAACACUGCGCAAAGAGGGUUACAAGACCUUCUCAAUAGUUACGCAUUAUCUGUCUACGCCGCGUCCGAGUCCGAUCUUAUACCUGUACAAUGUUUCUUAGACCGCUGUUUUAAGCCUGUAAGCGUUUAUGAUUUCUUAGAGAGGCAAGACCGUAAAAUGUUCAGAAAGUUUCUAAAUAAAUGCUAA